AUGGCUUCAUUCUCAAAGGCUGAGAUGAAGAAGGUAUUCAACUGUUUUGAUGAGGAUGGAGAUGGAAAAAUCUCUGCAGAGGAGCUGAAGAAUAAAAUGAGAAGUAUUGGAGAGGAACUGAGCAUUGAGGAUGUUAGUGAUGCUGUGGGUGGUGUACCUUUAGGUUUAGAAGAGUUUAUUGAGUUGGUGAGUGUUAAUGGUGAUCAUCAAGAUAUUGAUGAUGAGAAAGAGUUGAGAGAGGCUUUCUCUUUGUUUGAGAUGGAGGGACAAGGGUGCAUUACAGUGAAGAGCUUAAAGAGAAUGCUUAGCAAGGUUGGUACUUCUAGAGAUUUGGAUGAGUGUUGUGCUAUGAUUAGUAGGUUUGAUCUUGAUGGAGAUGGAAUUCUUAGUUUUGAGGAGUUUAGGGUUAUGAUGCUUUAA